AUGAAUCGACCACGAAAUGGCCCUUUCCCAAGCCAGAAUCCGUCAACCACGAGCCUUUUACCAAACAACAAUCGACCCUCUGUGGCAAGCAACGCGUUUAGCAACACCGACAAAGGCAUGCGAGCAUCGACGGGUCAUCCUCCCUCUCUGUCGGACAAGUACUCGCUCUCUCCUUCUCCGGCGUCAUGGGGCAUGCCGUUGCAUAUGUCCGUGAGUGAGCCCGACGACUUCCUCCACAACCCCGAUCCCCGUCGCGAUAGAAGCAAUGAUAGAGGGGGAAACAUCUUUACCAUGCGUGGCCUGGCGAAUCUAGGGUGUCUUUCACUCCUAAUCCUCGCAUUAGUGAUGCUUUUUGCUGGCUAUCCAUUACUAACCCACUUCACGGAAAAGCAACCGACGACCCAAGGCGGAUUUAACCUCGGAGGAAUCAACGCUUCAGGACAGAUACCUGACCUUCCAGGCAACUUCGAGCUUAUCGAUAGGGAUACGCCUAAGUCAGCCUAUACCUACAAGUCUUACAUGGAUGAUGAGGAGCUGGUCCUCGUUUUCUCCGACGAGUUCAACCAGGAAGGACGGUCUUUCUAUCCUGGUGACGAUCCGUUUUGGGAGGCCGUUGACCUGCAUUACUGGGGUACUCACGACUUGGAGUGGUAUGACCCAAGUCAAGCGUCGACGAAGGACGGCUACCUGCAACUGAGACUGGACCGAAUCGAUGACAUCUCUCAAAACCAUAAUAUGAGUUAUCGGUCUGGCAUGAUUCAAACCUGGAACAAGUUCUGUUUCACUGGCGGUCUGCUUCUCGCUAACGUUCAGCUGCCCGGCUCGAGCGAUGUUAGUGGCUUCUGGCCUGCCGUCUGGAGUAUGGGUAACCUAGGACGAGCUGGAUUCGGUGCAAGUGUCGAGGGCCUGUGGCCUUACAGCUAUGAAGCCUGUGACGUCGGCACCCUUCCCAAUCAGACCUACCCUGGAGAGAGGCGUCCAGCAGCAGCCCUGGUCAAUGGCGACGGACAAGCGAAUGGCGAGCUAUCUUACUUGCCCGGCCAACGCCUUUCUGCCUGCACGUGCCCUGGCGAGUCGCAUCCUGGCCCCGUCCGCAAGAACGGCGAGUACGUCGGUCGUGCCGCGCCUGAAAUUGAUGUUUUGGAAGCCACUGUCACCGACGGCACUGGUCAUGUCUCGCUCUCAGCUCAGUUUGCGCCUUUCAACGCUGGCUAUAACUACGUGUUCAAUAAUGACACCGCUAAGAUCUAUGAUCCUGCUCGAACUACGAAGAACACUUACCUGGGAGGUCGCUACCAACAAACAACAAGUGGUCUUGGUUUGACGAAUCCUGACUGCUACCAAUACCCUGGCACAUGUCUUGCCCUCUUUGGAUUCGAGUAUAAGCCUGGCUUCGACGACGCCUAUAUCACCUGGAUCAACGAAGUCGCUGCCUGGACCGUUUACUCAUCGGCACUGGUAGCUGAUCCCUUGGUUGAAAUUGACAAACGCCCGAUCCCGAAGGAACCUAUGUAUAUUAUCACCAAUUUGGGCAUGUCAGAAGGCUUCGGCGACGUCGAUGUUGCGAAUCUGCGGUUCCCUGGUAUAAUGCUGGUGGACUAUAUCCGAGUAUAUCAACGCAAGGGAGAGAUCAACAUCGGCUGCGACCCUCCAGAGUUCCCUACUGCCAAGUAUAUCGAGACGUACAAGGAGGCGUACACGAACAACAAUCUCACAAUCUGGUCCCAGUACGGCGAGCCGUGGCCCAAGAACAGGCUGAUGCCUGGCGGCUGCGACUAG